GACACAGAAAUCCUCAACACAGCCAUCCUGACGGGCAGGAUGGUGGCAGUGCCAGUCAAGGUGGUGGCCGUGCAGGAGGACGGCUCCGUGGUCGACGUCUCCGACUCCACCGAGUGCAGAUCUGCUGAUGAAGACGUGGUCAAGGUUUCUGAGAGCUGUGACUCCAUCUUUGUUAAUGGCAAGGAGAUGAAGAGCAAAGUGGACACCAUAGUGAAUUUCACGUACCAGCAUUUCACCACGCAGCUGGAGGUGACGGUCUGGGUGCCGCGGCUGCCGCUGCAGAUCGAGAUCUCCGACACCGAGCUCAGCCAGAUCAAGGGCUGGAGGAUCCCUGUCACCUCCAACAAAAGGCCCACGCGGGACAGCGAGGAUGAGGAGGAUGACGAGAAGAAGGGCAAAGGCUGCACCCUGCAGUACCAGCACGCCCUGGUGAGGGUCCUGACGCAGUUUGUGGCCGAGUCCUCGGAGCUGGGGGGCCACCUGACCUACCUGCUGGGCUCGGAGUGGCAGUUCGACAUCACGGACCUGGUGGCCGAUUUCAUGAAGGUGGAGGAGCCCAAGGUGGCCAAGCUGCAGGAGGGCCGGGUGCUGGCUGGGCGAGAGCAAGGCAUCACCACGGUGCAGGUGCUGUCCCCCCUCUCGGAUUCCAUCCUGGCAGAGAAGACAGUGAUAGUUCUGGAUGACAGGGUGACCAUUGCUGACCUGGGGGUGCAGCUGGUGUCAGGCCUGUCCGUGUCCUUUCAGAGCAGCAAAGGGAACAAGAGAGCCAUCCUUGCCACCACCUCUGCCCACGACAUCCUGCGCACUCCCAAACAGGAGGCUGUGGUGAGUGCUUGGGUUCUGUUCAGCGACGGGGCGGUGACGCCCUUGGACAUCUACGACUCCAAGGACUUCUCCAUGGCCAUCACCUCCCUGGAUGAGAUGGUGGUGUCCUCACACCAGAGCCUGCAGUCCCUCUGGCCCGUGGUGGUGGCAGAAGGGGACGGGCAGGGGCCCCUGAUCAAAAUUGAGAUGGUGAUCAGCGAGCCCUGCCAGAAGACCAAGCGCAAGAGCGUUCUGGCCAUGGGGAAAGGAAACGUCAAGGUGAAGUUUGGUCAGAAGGAUUCGGACCAGAAAGGGAGCACCAACGACAUCGAUGAUGUGGAGAAAGAUUUUAAAAGCCAUGCCAGCAAUGCCAUAGAGAAAGCUGCAGAGCAAGAGAGGACAGCACAAGACUGGUCCAAAAACCACGAGGACGUGUCCGGUCCUGAGGACAAUGCAAACAAAAGCACAACUUUCAUCUCUCCCAUUGAUCAGGAGUCCCUGGAGGAUGGCCAGCUUCAAAACAACCCAACUGCCUUCACAGGUUUCCCUGCCCAGGUAGAAAUACCAGGAGAAAGCAAUCCCAGUGACCUCUCAUUGACUUCCAGAGGAUUGACAGACCUGGAGAUUGGCAUGUACGCUCUGCUCUGUGUUUUCUGCUUGGCAAUCUUGGUGUUUCUGAUUAACUGCGUGGCAUUUGCGUGGAAGUACAGGCACAAAAGGUUUGCUGUGAGUGAGCAAGGCAACAUCCCCCAUUCCCAUGACUGGGUCUGGCUUGGCAAUGAGGUGGAGCUCCUGGAAAACCCAGUGGACAUUUCGCUCCCAUCGGAGGAGUGCACUACCAUGAUUGACAGAGGGAUGCAGUUUGAAGAAAGCAACUUUCUCCUUAAUGGGAGCUCUCAGAAGACUCUUCAUAAUCAUAUCCUCAGAUCUUCUGAGUACCUUUGUGAAAAAGAAGUUAAAAGUGAACCUAUAAAUCCUUCUGGGCCAAAGCAGAAGCGAGUAAAGUUCACUUCAUAUACAACAAUACUGCCAGAGGAUGGAGGCCCCUACACCAACUCAAUUCUAUUUGACAGUGAUGAUAAUAUUAAAUGGGUAUGCCAAGAUAUGAAUCUUGGUGAUUCCAAGGAACUUAGGGACUAUAUGGAAAGACUGCAAGACAAUAUGUAAAACUACUUUCUUAUGUUUGUAAUCACCUUUAUGCCUUCUGUUUAUGGAUGGUGGAGCAGUCAGUCCAGUCAGCAAUAGGAACAAGACAGCCCAACCCUGGAGGUCCUGAGAUGAUAACCUGAUGGCAGAGAGCAGGUCCAAGAGGCUGGCUGAGUUAAUCCUGUUUCACCACAAACCAGGAUGUGCCCCUAAAGCAGCUCCCUGUAGGUGUUGGAGGUGUCACACACGAUGGCUGUUGCUGUGUACUGCCUGGUUCUAGCAAAACGCUGAUCCACCUGCGCUCAGACUCAGAGGAGACUCCAUUUGUUGGUCAUCUCUCAUGAGAAAUGGUCAAUCAGAAAAGAAAGGGAUGUUUGUUUGCAUUGAUUUUUUCUAGUCGUCGUCCUUUGUAAAGCACAGUGGACAUUUCUUGCUCACAGCCUGAGAGGAGGCUCACGGAAAAAGGGAUUGGAAUGAAUCUCAUUUUAUUGCCUAUGUGCAAUGCAGCCAAGUAGUCUUAUUAUUUUUUACAGAUAUAAAAAACCCCAUGUGGUUAAUUUCUUCUUAUAUUGUUUGUGAAUUUUAUUUGACUUAGGGAACAUUAAAUAUUUUCUUUGAAGGGGUUUGGUUUUUUUUUUUUUUUCAGUUGUACCAAAGUGUAGUACAGUAAUAUUUAUAAUGAUUUGAGUUUUUUAUUCAUCUGCUUCAGCCCCCAGAGAUACCUCCUUCAUCACUGAUUAUCUUCCUCCUUUCCAUAUGGGUCGUUAGUAUUUGAAACAUAGAAAGGAAUUAGAACUCUUACUGGGAAAGGGUUGUGUCUUCUUACAGGGAACUGUAAAUAUAAUAAUAAACCCUGGAAAAUAAAAAUCAAGGAGUAGCCCUGGGUUCACUUUUGUCAUUGCUAAUAUGAAAAAAUAACCUGUAAAAAAACCCAGCACAUCCUUCAAAGGGAAAUGCUUUGCUGAAACAGUAGCUUGGCUGACAAUACCUGUUAUUAUCGGAGUGGGAAAGUCAAACGUGGCACUGGAAUGCAUAAAGUGGGAAGGAAAAUUUCCUAGGAAACAAGCAAAGCUUGGAGUCACUGUUUCUCUGUGCUAAUGAAUCCAUUGGGGGUAGAGUUCAGCAGGCCAGAGAAGUUCAUGCUCAGCAGCCUUGGCUAAACAUCCCUGGCCAUGAAGCCAUUAAAGAGAAAAACUUUACACCAUUUCCAUUAAAAAGGGAAGAAAAGACACCUUGGGACUGCAGCCACACAAGGGACUACCCAAUUUUAUCAAGGAAAACAAAGCUGCCAUUUCAUAUGCAUCACAUCUAUUUUUUUACUGAAGGAUGGCUGAGAUAAAUUGAAAAUUACAGUGAGGAAAACCCUGAAUCUACAGAAUACUUAAACCCCCCAAAUAAAUCACAUGUUCUUGUGAUGGAUCCUGUGCAAUAACCACGGGCCAAAUUCCAACUGCCUUACAUACUGGAGCUCCCAUCCUUUAGGCAGAUCAAAGCAAGAUUUGAAUUUAUAUAAAAAACAGAAAAUUGUAGGAAAUUCUGCAUUUGGGUCCUAACCACAACUGGGAACAUAUUUAACGUAACUGCUGCAAAAUACAGGAAUUUUAACACUGAGACUAGAAGUGAGGACACCAGGCUUAUAUAAGUGAUUAGAGACUUGCUGUUGCUGGCACUGAACUGCACAGGGAGGAGAUGGCAUCUGUUGUAAUCUAAUUUUGAGGAGAGAAAAUAAUAGAGCACAGAUAUGCUUCUGUUUCAUAAGGGAUGCAGCUCUUGUGCGUCAGAUGAAGUCUUGGGUUGUUUAACAAAUGUUCUCUCCCCUUUCAGUGAUCCAGGAAAUAAGGAAAGAUGAAUUCCUACAAUGAUCCUUAUCACUAACAACAUAAAAACCCCUUUAUAGAAUCUAACUUCUCUUUCCAAUGCAUUAUUUGGCCCAGCCAGAGAGCAGAACAAAAACCCCCUAUUUACUAUUGUUUGCACAAUAUACUGACCCAAACUGACCACAGAUUGAUUGACUCUUGAAAUCAGAGGAACCAAGCUCUGCUGGCAGGUGCAGAGGGCAGAGAGCCCAAAGAGCAAAGCCUCCCUCAGCCAGCGAGGCUGUGGCCUCAGAGAGAGCUGUUUCCUCAUGGGAACCUUUCCUUCCUUUCCCACUGAGGCUCCAUUUCCUCAUGGAAACCUUUCCUUCCAUUCCCACUGAGGCUCCAUUUCCUCAUGGGAACCUUUCUUUCCAUUUCUGUGAGGCUCCUCAUAGAAACCUUUCCUUCCAGCCCUGCUGAGGUUCUAUUUCCUCAUGGAAACCUUUCCUUCCAGCCCUGUUUUGGAUUCCAUCUCCUCAUGGAAACCUUUCCUUCAACUCCUGUGAGGCUCCUCAUGGAAACCUUUCCUUCCAGCCCUGUUUUGGGUUCCAUUUCCUCAUAGAAACCUUUCCUUUCCUUCCAGACCUUCUGAGGCUCCAUCUCUCAGCUGGAGAAUCCCUUGGAGGAUCCCAAAGUUCAGGGGCUUCUGCUGACACCCUAGGGUGUCCCUGAUGCCCAGUCCCUGGCUGUCCCUCGUGCCUGGGCACUCAGGGAGGGGCCAGAGCCACCAGGGGACACCUGUGGCCUUUCCAGAACUUUCCUGGUGCUCCUGGGUGUGGCUGACCCCAAACCCACUGGGGCAGGAGGUCACAGGUGCCUGGGGCUGUGUUCCAUGUGCCACUGAGGGGCAGCUCCUCGGGGGGUUUGGGUGGCUCCGUGGCUCAAUUUGGGCUGGUUUUGGAGCCACAGAGUGGUGUCCUCCUCUGCCCAAGCUAAAUGACAAUUCCUGCCCAUCAGGGACGAGCACAGCUGCUGCUGGGAACCCGUUAAACAAAGGAACUGGGAACCAGUUAAACACUGGAACUGGGGACAGUUGUCCCCAAAAAGACCCCAAUCCUCAAAUCUUGCAAUAGGGGGACAAAAAGAAAGGUCUGCAGGUUCAUAAAUUUUCUUUUUCUUUUCCAUCACAUGUCAUCACAUGAAAGCUCUUACAUGGAAAAUGGCAAUACAACCAUGGAAAAAAAGCAAUACAGAAAAAGAGAGAAGAAGUGGGAAGAGAGAACUCUCUAUUUUCAGUAAAACUGGGAUAACACCAAUAAAGUGGAGUUAUUUUAUCCUGGUUUGAGCCUUUAUGCUACUUCUCGUAAGAUGAAAGGAAAAUCUAUUCAACAUGAAUGUAUCUGAUGCAAAACAGUUCUGAGUUGAUAAUUUCCUUUUAAAUUAUCUCAAAUUUUAAUUUCAAAAUUAUGGCAUACUCUAUAAAUUUAAGCAAAUUCCAUUUUAAAUUAUUUUAAACAUCUCCUCCCCCCCGAUUUUCCCACUCACCUAAAUAUUUUUCAGUGUUGCUGUUAAAUACAAUAUUUUAUUUAUGGAAUAUAUAAUAUUCCACUUUGCUGUUAACUGAACAGCAUUUACACAUUGAUGAAAGAGUCUCUGCUUUUGAGACAACAAAGCAAUGGUAGCCAAGUGAUCAAAAGGCACAAAAUGUAUGUAUGUAAGUACGUGUGCAGGAAAGUAGAAUUGUCUGCAAAUAGGAGCAGAUGAGUUAGAAUGCUGCUUCAGUAGGUGCCUAGGGAAGCAAUACCUGUGAUUCAAAAAUACCAAACCAACGCCAACUCUGACUGCUGGGGGUGCACAGAGGGGUUAACGGGACAUGCAGAGCAGCCCUGUGGGCACAGAGGGGUUAACGGGACAUGCAGAGCAGCCCUGUGGGCACAGAGGGGUUAAGGGCACACGGGGAGCUGCAAACUUUGAAAACAAAGCUGGUGGCAGCCCCCAGCCCGGCCAGGGCAGCAGGGACAGGGUGUGCCCAGGACAGGGAAGGGAGAGCUGCCAGUGCCCAUGGGCAGAACCUUUGGUUUCCUUCACCCCACAGUGCCCAGCCAGGGCUCCCUGUGCCCCUUCCCCAUCCUUUGGGUCCCUGCCAGUUCUUGGGGCUCCCUGUGCCCCUUCCCCAUGUCCAAGGGACCCCUUAGAGACCCUGCCCCACUCUUGGGGCUCCCUGUGCCCCUCCCCUCCCUUAGGGACCCCUUUGGGUCCCUGCCCCAAUCUUGGGGCUCCCUGUGUCCCUUCCCCAUUCUUAGGGACCCCUUAAGGACCUUGUCCAAUUCUUGGGUCUCCCUGUGCCCCCUCCCCACCCCAUAGGGACCUUUGGGGCUCCCUGUGUCCCUUCUCCACCCCAUAGAGACCCUGCCCCACUCUUGGGGCUCCCUGUGCCCCUCUCCACCCUUAGGGACCCUGCCCCACUCUCACCCCCUGUCCAACCCCCCCACGUUCAUGUUUGGAGCUGCUGGUCCUUAACUCAUCCUGGGGAAUGUACAAGCAGACCUUACAGCCAUAGACAGUGCAAAGAGUCCAUCAGAGAAUGGAGACCCUUGUCUGGCAAGGUGGGGUGAAAACCCCUCCAAGGAAAUGCAGAUUUUUCCAAGCAGAUGUGCUCUUCUAUGGAUUAUAAAUCAUGUGCACUACAUUGAAAUACACGGGAGUGUAUUGUGAACUGCAUACAUUAACUGCUGAAUGAUAACACUGGAAAUGUAUAUACAUCACACCCCAGAUAUUUAUACAAUAUAAUAAGUCUUAGAUGUAUAACAUAAUGAAUUCUGUACAAAAUAAACUGUAAGUUAAGACAAUGAAACAGAACUUUUA